AUGAAUGUCAAUGUACAUGGACCAUCACGCAAAGAUCAGUAUCAGAACAGUAAUCCCACAAAACCAGUGAUGAGGUUGAUCGUGGUAUUAAAUAUUCAGUUCAUCGUUGAUAACGAUUCUCUCGAUUUUGGAAAGAAACCUAAAACAAUGGGAGUUGGAAAGAAAGUGAAAAAGUUCUGUAACUGGGCCUUUUCUCGGAAAUCUGGGAAAACCCAGCAGAACCAGAGCACAACCGAGGGCGACCUCGAGCACCAGAGAUGUUCUGAUGGCGAAGCCGGACCAAGUAACGCCGUGUUCAUCUCUCACAUUUAUACUGGAGCUGGUGUUUCACCAAGCCCAGCACCACAGAAAGCGGAGAAGAAACUAAAGAGGUUCCGGAAAUGGUUUUCUCGGAAAUUCAAGAAAACUACAACCGGAGCCCAACAGACCCAGCCGAGCAGCCCACAGACUCAGAGAUCCCCUGAUAGUGGAGCUGCCAGUGUGUCGCCGAGGCCGGUUCAGGACGAGCGGGUCAACAACAGGUGCGUGUCUAUCCAGACCCCUGUGAAGACCCCGUCAACAGAAACCGAACAGCACGACGACACUGAAUGCUGGCACUUUCCUGUAUCUUCUCUAACCACUGCGGGAAACAGCGAAUUUGACCGCUCUUCAGUGCAAAGCUGGCACUCUUGUGCGUCUUCGCUUGGCACCGCGGAGAACAGCGAAUCUGACCGCGCAUCAGUGUUUAGUUGGCACUCUUGUGGGUCUUCGCCUGGCACCGCGGAGAACAGCGAAUCUGACCGCGCUUCAGUGCACAGCAGGCACUCUUGUGCGUCUUCGCUGACCGAUGACUACCACAACGACGAGGAAAACGCUUCCAGCGAGGACUCCAGCGUGUCCGAGGAAAGCACCUCGUCCUCAUCUGAUGACAUAUUUUGGAAAACAGAAGAGGAAACGAUAAUUAAUUGGGAAGGAAAGACAGGCAACAUCUUCCAGGAAUAUCAAAUCCGUCACUUAAUAGGCAGUGGAUCGAAUGGAGCUGUCCAUUAUGGAAUUCGUCUGUCGGAUUACCGAAAGGUGGCAAUCAAAUACGUCAAGAAGAAAAAAACAAUGAAAAGGAUCAAGAUUGAACCAUUAGAGAAAACUGUUCCACAAGAGGUCGGUUUGAUGUAUUUGAUGAGCAGAGGCCCUAAUGUUCCUCAAAUAAUACAGCUGCUGGAUUGGUAUGAGACACCCGACAAGUACAUACUGGUGCUAGAGCGUCCCAAAGCAUGUAUGGACAUGGACCAGUUUGUAUCGCGGUAUGGGAACAAAAUCAGCGAAGUGAAAGCACGACUGGUGAUGCACCAGGUGAUCACUGCUGCAAGAAUAUGCUGCGAAAGGGGCGUCUACCACAGCAGCAUCAAGCUGGAAAACCUGCUCGUCAACCCCCACACCUUUCAGAUCAAACUUAUAGACUUUGGCACUGGAAGACCCAUGAAAGACACUGGCUAUUCAACAUUCUGGGGCUCAAAAGCUUGUGUGCCCCCGGAGUUUUAUCGUCAUGGAAGAAGGUUCUACGCCAAGGAUGCAAUUGUGUAUUCUUUAGGCGUACUCUUGUUCAAGAUGCUGUGUGGACGAUUCCCUAAAGAAGAGCUCCACAAGAUUGUCAAAAGAACCUGGCAGCCUGAAGACCUAUCCAACGAAUGCAUAGAUCUGAUCUGUUCGUGUCUGCAAAGUAAUCCAGACAAGCGGAUGCCUUUUGAUGAGAUCCUCCUGCAUAAUUGGUUCCAGGUCUUGAUCCUGAAGCCAAGCAAAAAGAAGGAAACAUUAACAGGAUUUAAAAAGUUUAGAGCAAAAUUCAGAUAAGAGCACAGCUGAAGAAGAUCCUGGGACAUGAAGAAGAUAACACCAAGCUCCUUCUCUUCAUCCAGCUUCUAACACCAAACUCCUCCUCUUCAUCGAGCAACCUAACACCAAACUCCUCCUCCUCAUCGAGCAACCUAACACCAAGCUCCUCCCCUUCAUCAAGCCAUUAACACCGAGCUCCUCUUCUAUAUUCAGCUACAAAAAUUCGUCAAGCCACAAACA